UGGGCGGGCGCAGCUCAUUGUGCGCAGCGCUGUGCGGCGCCGCGGCCGCCUAGGCCUGGGAGGAAGUUGGCGCCGCCGCCGCCGCCGCCGCCCUCAGCCUGCUUGCUGCCUCGGCGGCGCGCCGCUCUCCCAAGAUGGCCGCUGCUGCCGGUACCGUGGGGUCGGCUGAAGGCAAGAAGAUCGCCGACCUGCGGGUCAUCGACCUCAAGUCCGAGCUGAAGCGGCGGAACUUGGACAUCAACGGAGUCAAGACUGUGCUGGUCUCCCGACUGAAGCAGGCUAUUGAAGAGGAAGGAGGCGAUCCAGAUAAUAUUGAAUUAACUGUUUCAACUGAUACUCCAAACAAGAAACCAACCAAAGGCAAAGGUAAAAAACAAGAAGCAGAUGAGUUGAGUGGAGAUGCUUCUGUGGAAGACGAUGCUUUUGUCAAGGACUGUGAAUUGGAGAAUCAAGAGGCACAUGAACAAGAUGAAAGUGACGAAAUAAAGGAUUCUGAAGAAUUUGGUGAAAAUGAAGAAGAAAAUGCGAAUUCCAAGGAGUUACUUUCUGCUGAAGAGAACAAGAGAGCUCAUGAAUUAAUAGAGGCAGAAGCAAUAGAAGAUGUAGAAAAAGAGGACAUCGAAAGUCAGGACAUUGAAGCUCAAGAAGGUGAAGAUGAUACCUUUCUAACAGCCCAAGAUGGUGAGGAAGAGGAAAAUGAGAAAGGGAACCUAGCUGAAGCUGAUCACACAGCUCACGAAGAGAUGGAAGCUAAUGCGACUGUGAAAGAAGCUGAGGAUGACAACAUCUCGGUCACAAUCCAGGCUGAAGAUGCCAUCACUCUGGAUUUUGAUGGUGAUGACCUCCUAGAAACAGGUAAAAAUGUGAAAAUUACAGAUUCUGAAGCAAGUAAGCCAAAAGAUGGGCAGGACGUCGUUGCACAGAGCCCGGAGAAGGAAACCAAGGAUUAUGAGAUGAAUGUGAACCAUAAAGAUGGUAAGAAGGAAGACUUCGUGAAGGGUGAUCCUGUCGAGAAGGAAGCCAGAGAAAGUUCUAAGAAAGCAGAAUCUGGAGACAAAGAAAAGGAUACUUUGAAGAAAGGGCCCUCGUCUACUGGGGCCUGUGGUCAAGCAAAGAGCUCUUCCAAGGAAUCUAAAGACAGCAAGACAUCAUCUAAAGAUGACAAAGGAAGUACAAGUAGUACUAGUGGUAGCAGUGGAAGCUCAACUAAAAAUAUCUGGGUUAGUGGACUUUCUUCUAAUACUAAAGCUGCUGAUUUGAAGAAUCUCUUUGGCAAAUAUGGAAAGGUGCUAAGUGCAAAGGUGGUUACAAAUGCUCGAAGUCCUGGGGCAAAAUGCUAUGGUAUUGUCACUAUGUCUUCAAGCACAGAAGUGUCCAGAUGUAUUGCACAUCUUCAUCGAAGUGAACUGCAUGGCCAGCUGAUUUCUGUGGAGAAGGUAAAAGGUGAUCCUUCUAAGAAAGAAAUGAAGAAAGAAAAUGAUGAAAAGAGUAGUUCAAGAAGUUCCGGAGAUAAAAAGAAUAUGAAUGAUAGAAGUAGCAAGACACAAACCUCUGUCAAGAAAGAAGAGAAGAGAUUAUCCGAAAAAUCUGAGAAAAAAGAAAGCAAGGAUAAUAAGAAAAUGGAAAGUAAAGAAGAGAAGAAUGAUAAUGGAACAAGUGGCCAGAUUUCAGAAUCGAGUAAAAAAAAUGAAGAAAAGAAACGAAUAAGUUCAAAGAGUCCAGGACAUAUGGUAAUACUAGACCAAACUAAAGGAGAUCAUUGCAGGCCAUCAAGAAGAGGAAGAUAUGAGAAAAUUCAUGCAAGAAGCAAGGAAAAGGAGAGAGCUAGCCUAGAUAAAAAGAGGGACAAAGACUACAGAAGGAAAGAGAUCUUGCCUUUUGAAAAGAUGAAAGAACAGAGAUUGAGAGAACAUUUAGUUCGUUUUGAAAGGCUGCGACGAGCAAUGGAACUUCGAAGACGAAGAGAGAUUGCAGAAAGAGAGCAUGGAGAGCGAGGACGAAUUAGAAUAAUUCGUGAACGGGAAGAACGGGAACGCUUACAGAGAGAGAGAGAGCGCCUAGAAAUUGAAAGGCAAAAACUAGAGAGAGAGAGAAUGGAACGCGAACGCUUGGAAAGGGAACGCAUUCGUAUUGAACAGGAACGGCGUAAGGAAGCUGAAAGGAUUGCUCGAGAACGAGAGGAACUCAGAAGGCAGCAGCAGCAGCUUCGUUAUGAACAAGAAAAAAGGAAUUCUCUGAAACGCCCACGUGAUGUAGAUCAUAGGCGAGAUGAUCCUUACUGGAGCGAGAAUAAAAAGUUGUCUCUAGAUACAGAUGCCCGAUUCAGCCACAGCUCUGACUACUCUCGUCAACAGAACAGAUUUAAUGACUUUGAUCAUCGGGAGAGGGGCAGGUUUCCUGACAGCUCAGCAGUACAGUCUUCCUCUUUUGAUAGGCGGGAACGCUUUGUUGGUCAGAGUGAAGGGAAAAAAGCACGGCCAACUGCACGAAGAGACGAUCCCAGCUUUGAGAGAUACCCCAAAAAUUUCAGUGAUUCAAGAAGAAGUGAGCCGCCUCCUCCACGAAAUGAACUUAGAGACACAGACAGAAGAGAUGUGCGAGGGGAGCGAGAGGAAAGGAGAACAGUGAUCAUGCACGACAGGCCCGACAUGGCGCACCCGAGACACCCCCGGGAGGCCGGCCCCAACCCUUCCAGACCCGCCUCCUGGAAGGGCGAAGGGAGCAUGUCUGCCGACAAGCGGGACGCAAGAGUUGAAAGGCCAGAGCGCUCUGGCAGGGACGUGUCAGGACACAGUGUGAGAGGUGCUCCGCCUGGGAGUCGAAGUAAUGCUUCUGGGUAUGGCGGCCGAGAGAGCGACAGAGGAGUCAUCUCAGACCGGGGCAGUGGAGCCCAGCACUACCCUGAAGAACGACACGUGGUUGAUCGCCAUGGACGGGACACAAGUGGACCACGGAAAGAGUGGCAUGGUCCACCUUCUCAAGGGCCUGGCUACCAUGACACGAGGCGAAUGGGUGACGGCCGGGCAGGCGCAGGCAUGAUGAGCCAGCAGCACUCGAGUAAUGCAUCUCCAAUUAAUAGAAUUGUACAGAUCGGGGGCAGUUCCAUGCCGAGAGGAAGUGGCUCUGGAUUUAAGCCAUUUAAGGGUGGACCUCCACGGCGAUUUUGAAAAUGAGCUCUCUGCCAUGGUUUCAAGAUAAUUUAUUGAAAUCUCCUAUAAACUUUAUUUGACUACUUAAGAAGAGGACCCUCUGACCUGCUUGAGAGUUCUGUCAGACUUUUUAUUUUCUUUUUUUAAAAAAUUUAACGAUUGCUUUUCUCAAUUUUAGAGAAGACGUUUAAAUAGUUACGUUGUAAUUUUUAAUAGUUUUGUGUAUCAUUCAACUUUACUUUCUUGCAGCACCAAUACACAUUUGAAAAGAUGGGAGUCAAAGCUGUUUUGUUGAAGGCUGUGUGAAUACAAGGCGUUAGUUUGCAGCUGUGUGGUAGUGGGUAAUUUGCAGCAUUGGCGCUGUGGUGCCAGGCUCUGGACAUUCUUCUUGUCACCAAGCAUUGUCGGCCUCCGUUUUGAAGGCUGUCUAAGCUUAAAAAGUCUGCUGUCUAAUUUUUAGAGAGUAAGAUUAUUCCUUGCAUUUCUGAGUAUUAUGUAACCUAUUUUUGCAGAAGGUACUGUUACAUUAAGUGCAUCUGUGUAACCUGGUUAAAAAAUGUAAUCUUUUUUGAAAUAAACCUUCAUAUUCUGUAUAGUUGCUAAAGUGUUGAGAACCUUUUUAAUUGUAAAAUGAGAACUGAUUUGCAGGUUAGCAUAGCAGCACACUUAUUCAGGUUUGCAUGGAAUGAAACCAAAUAGAUAAUGAAACCUUGGCCAUGAGGGUAACGCCGUGAGUCUCGGACUGAGCUGUUCAGGUGAGUGCACGCUUGGGUAAACUGUACUGUUGGAUGGAUGAAGCCCGUCUGCAGGAAUUGUGUGGGUAUUAAUGUUUCCAUGUUCCCAGCUAUGUUGAGAGGUGGAAAAAUCCCAGAUUCUAGAUUGGUGAAUCGGUUGGGUUUUGUAAAUACUUGUAUGUGGAAAGACAUUGUUGUCUUUUUGUGAAAAUAAAAAUCCACACCUGGA